AACCGCACCACCCGGCGGCCACUGUACCGGGUAACACUGGUCACCAUAGUAACGAAACGCCUGGAGUUGCUCGGCUGAUGAGAUACACAAACAGGUCGCUAGAUAACUUUACACCGUAGCGAGUUAUUAUUUCGCUAAAUAUCUACAACGUCUUACGUUUGGUCAGCCAUGAAUGCAGAGAUAGUUUCCUCACUUCUAAAUCAAGAGGUGCCAACAGGAACAACUGGGACCAGUUCCGUCGCAGCGGUUCCAGUGGAUCACCUCGACUAUGGCUACAUUGAGAACUGCACCGAUGUGAAAUACCUGGGGAAGGUUUUGACGGUGCUAAGGUCUGGAGAUGAGGGCAUCUACCCCCAUCUGACAGAGUUCUGUGAGAGACGUCUGGAGAGGUUGGACCCUAAAAGUCGUGCCCUCAGAAAGGACAACCCCCCAGCCACCGCCGCCUGCUUCUCUGGAGAUGAAUGGAGCCAGAUCACUGACGAACUCAAGAAGUGGAAGACAGACGCCAAAAUGAGUGAAACUGAGCUGAAACAACAAUCUUUAUUCCACGAUCUUCAAACUGAGAACGUACCACCAGUACGGGGAUCAAGUUGCUCUGUUCCUCUCAAGCAGAAUUCAGUUUCAAAUGGACAGAAGAAAACUGCACAGAAGAAGGUUCUUCCUCGUAAUUAUACAGAAUGGGACCAGUUUGAUGUCGACAAGGAGUGUGAUAAAAUUGAUGGAAAUUUAACAAAAAACGAUUCCCCCGCAAUCGUAAACUCUAGACAUAAAACAAUCAAGAGCAAAAUGGAUGCAACAGCGUUGACAGAGCGGGAGAAAGUCCUCGUUGCCAGCCGUGAGAAGGAUAAAGGCAACGAGGCUUUCAAGGCCAACGACUAUGAAGAAGCGGUGUUGUAUUAUACAAGGAGUCUGUCGGUGUUACCAACCGUAGCAGGCUACAACAACAGAGCCCAGUCAGAGAUCAAACUGCAGCACUGGCACAACGCCCUCAACGACUGUCAGAAGGUACUGGAGAUGGAGCCAGACAAUGUGAAAGCUCUCCUCCGCAGGGCCACGGUGCUGGAACAGCAGGGGAACUAUCAGAACGCUGCUGAAGACCUGAGGAACGUCCUUCAGACCGAACCACAGAACAUCACUGCUACUAAACUUCUAGUCGAGGUGGAUAAGAGACUAAACCAGAGUCAACCGGAGAAGGGACGUAAAAGCAAGAAGAUCCUGAUUCAGGAAGUGGAGGAGGAUGAGAUACAGGAAGAGCAGAGAG